AUGGAGAGUGGCAUCCGCGUUAGCGAGGAGGCAGUGGCCAAGUUCGUCGAGAUGAAAAUUAAGAAAACCUGCAAAUUUCUCAUCCUCGUGAUCAAGGACGACUCUGUCGUAGUUUCCAAGGCUGGAAAUGGCGGUGUCGAUGAGCUUUUUGCCGAAUUGCCCACAGGAGACUGCGCUUUCGUUGUCUACGACAAGGGCCGUGAACUCACUUUGUUGAUGUACGCUCCUCUUGAUGCUACCACAAACUCUCGUACUAUUUACUCUACAACUAAGCAGACUGUUGAAAAGGCACUUGAGGGUUCCAGGAUUUUCAAGAACCUUGUUGAGGACCAUGGUGAACUCAAGGACGCCUUGGCAUAG